AUGGACCAGCCCCAGUCUGACUCUAGACCUGAGGACCAGUCCCAGUCUGACUCUAGACCUGAGGACCAGUCCCAGUCUGACUCUAGACCUGAGGACCAGUCCCAGUCUGACUCUAGACCUGAGGACCAGUCCCAGUCUGACUCUAGACCUGAGGACCAGUCCCAGUCUGACUCUAGACCUGAGGACCAGUCCCAGUCUGACUCUAGACCUGAGGACCAGUCCCAGUCUGACUCUAGACCUGAGGACCAGUCCCAGUCUGACUCUAGACCUGAGGACCAGUCCCAGUCUGACUCUAGACCUGAGGACCAGUCCCAACCUGAGACCAGCCCCAGUCUGACUCUAGACCUGAGGACCAGUCCCAGUCUGACUCUAGACCUGAGGACCAGUCCCAGUCUGACUCUAGACCUGAGGACCAGUCCCAGUCUGACUCUAGACCUGAGGACCAGUCCCAGUCUGACUCUAGACCUGAGGACCAGUCCCAGUCUGACUCUAGACCUGAGGACCAGUCCCAGUCUGACUCUAGACCUGAGGACCAGUCCCAGUCUGACUCUAGACCUGAGGACCAGUCCCAGUCUGACUCUAGACCUGAGGACCAGUCCCAGUCUGACUCUAGACCUGAGGACCAGUCCCAGUCUGACUCUAGACCUGAGGACCAGUCCCAGUCUGACUCUAGACCUGAGGACCAGUCCCAGUCUGACUCUAGACCUGAGGACCAGUCCCAGUCUGACUCUAGACCUGAGGACCAGUCCCAGUCUGACUCUAGACCUGAGGACCAGUCCCAGUCUGACUCUAGACCUGAGGACCAGUCCCAGUCUGACUCUAGACCUGAGGACCAGUCCCAGUCUGACUCUAGACCUGAGGACCAGUCCCAGUCUGACUCUAGACCUGAGGACCAGUCCCAGUCUGACUCUAGACCUGAGGACCAGCCCCAGUCUGACUCUAGACCUGAGGACCAGUCCCAGUCUGACUCUAGACCUGAGGACCAGUCCCAGUCUGACUCUAGACCUGAGGACCAGUCCCAGUCUGACUCUAGACCUGAGGACCAGUCCCAGUCUGACUCUAGACCUGAGGACCAGUCCCAGUCUGACUCUAGACCUGAGGACCAGUCCCAACCUGAGGACCAGUCCCAGUCUGACUCUAGACCUGAGGACCAGUCCCAGUCUGACUCUAGACCUGAGGACCAGUCCCAGUCUGACUCUAGACCUGAGGACCAGUCCCAGUCUGACGCUAGACCUGAGGACCAGUCCCAGUCUGACUCUAGACCUGAGGACCAGUCCCAGUCUGACUCUAGACCUGAGGACCAGUGCCAGUCUAGACCUGGACUCUAGACCUGAGGACCAGUCCCAUCCCAGUCUGACUCUAGACCUGAGGACCAGCCCCAGUCUGAGUCUAGACCUGAGGACCAGUCCCAGUCUGACUCUAGACCUGAGGACCAGUCCCAGUCUGACUCUAGACCUGAGGACCAGUCCCAGUCUGACUCUAGACCUGAGGACCAGUGCCAGUCUAGACCUGGACUCUAGACCUGAGGACCAGUCCCAGUCUGACUCUAGACCUGAGGACCAGUCCCAGUCUGACGCUAGACCUGAGGACCAGUGCCAACCUGAGGACCAGUCCCAGUCUGACUCUAGACCUGAGGACCAGUCCAGUCUGACUCUAGACCUGAGGACCAGUCCCAGUCUGACUCUAGACCUGAGGACCAGUCCCAGUCUGACUCUAGACCUGAGGACCAGUCCCAGUCUGACUCUAGACCUGAGGACAGUCCAACCUGAGGACCACCCAGUGACCAGCUCCCAGUCUGACUCUAGACCUGAGGACCAGUCCCAGUCUAGACUGACUCUAGACCUGAGGACCAGUCCCAGUCUGACUCUAGACCUGAGGACCAGCCCCAGUCUGAGUCUAGACCUGAGGACCAGUCCCAGUCUGACUCUAGACCUGAGGACCAGUCCCAGUCUGACUCUAGACCUGAGGACCAACCUGAGGACCAGUCCCAGUCUGACUCUAGACCUGAGGACCACCCAGUCUGACUCUAGACCUGAGGACCAGUGCCAGUCUGACUGGACUCUAGACCUGAGGACCAGUCCCAGUCUGACUCUAGACCUGAGGACCAGUGCCAGUCUAGACCUGGACUCUAGACCUGAGGACCAGUCCCAGUCUGACUCUGACCUGAGGACCAGCCCAGACCAGUGCCAGUCCUUAGACCUGGACUCUAGACCUGAGGACCAGUCCCAGUCUGACUCUAGACCUGAGGACCAGUCCCAGUCUGACUCUAGACCUGAGGACCAGUCCCAGUCUCUGACUCUAGACCUGAGGACCAGUCCCAGUCUGACUCUAGACCUGAGGACCAGUCCCAGUCUGACUCUAGACCUGAGGACCAGUCCCAGUCUAGACUGGACUCUAGACCUGAGGACCAGUCCCAGUCUGACUCUAGACCUGAGGACCAGCCCCAGUCUGAGUCUAGACCUGAGGACCAGUCCCAGUCUGACUCUAGACCUGAGGACCAGUCCCAGUCUGACUCUAGACCUGAGGACCAGUGCCAGUCUAGACCUGGACUCUAGACCUGAGGACCAGUCCCAGUCUGACUCUAGACCUGAGGACCAGCCCCAUCUGACUCUAGACCUGAGGACUAGUCCCAGUCUGACUCUAGACCUGAGGACCGGUCCCAGUCUGACUCUAGACCUGAGGACCAGUCCCAGUCUGACUCUAGACCUGAGGACCAGUCCCAGUCUGACUCUAGACCUGAGGACCAGUCCCAGUCUGACGCUAGACCUGAGGACCAGUGCCAGUCUAGACCUGGACUCUAGACCUGAGGACCAGUCCCAGACCAGUCCCAGUCUGACGCUAGACCUGAGGACCAGUGCCAGUCUAGACCUGGACUCUAGACCUGAGGACCAGUCCCAGUCUGACUCUAGACCUGAGGACCAGUCCCAGUCUGACUCUAGACCUGAGGACCAGUCCCAGUCUGACGCUAGACCUGAGGACCAGUGCCAUCCCAGUCUGACUCUAGACCUGAGGACCAGUCCCAGUCUGACGCUAGACCUGAGGACCAGUGCCAGUCUAGACCUGGACUCUAGACCUGAGGACCAGUCCCAUCCCAGUCUGACUCUAGACCUGAGGACCAGUCCCAGUCUGACUCUAGACCUGAGGACCAGUCCCAGUCUGACGCUAGACCUGAGGACCAGUGCCAGUCUAGACCUGGACUCUAGACCUGAGGACCAGUCCCAUCCCAGUCUGACUCUAGACCUGAGGACCAGUCCCAGUCUGACUCUAGACCUGAGGACUAGUCCCAGUCUGACUCUAGACCUGAUGACCAGUCCCAGUCUGACUCUAGACCUGAGGACCAGUCCCAGUCUGAUUCUAGACCUGAGGACCAGUCCCAGUCUGACUCUAGACCUGAGGACCAGUCCCAGUCUGACGCUAGACCUGAGGACCAGUGCCAGUCUAGACCUGGACUCUAGACCUGAGGACCAGUCCCAUCCCAGUCUGACUCUAGACCUGAGGACCAGUCCCAGUCUGACUCUAGACCUGAGGACCAGUCCCAGUCUGACUCUAGACCUGAGGACCAGUCCCAGUCUGACGCUAGACCUGAGGACCAGUGCCAACCUGAGGACCAGUCCCAGUCUGACUCUAGACCUGAGGACCAGUCCCAGUCUGACUCUAGACCUGAGGACCAGUGCCAGUCUAGACCUGGACUCUAGACCUGAGGACCAGUCCCAGUCUGACUCUAGACCUGAGGACCAGUCCCAGUCUGACUCUAGACCUGAGGACCAGUCCCAGUCUAGACUGACUCUAGACCUGAGGACCAGUCCCAGUCUGACUCUAGACCUGAGGACCAGCCCCAGUCUGAGUCUAGACCUGAGGACCAGUCCCAGUCUGACUCUAGACCUGAGGACCAGUCCCAGUCUGACUCUAGACCUGAGGACCAGUCCCAGUCUGACUCUAGACCUGAGGACCAGUGCCAGUCUAGACCUGGACUCUAGACCUGAGGACCAGUCCCAGUCUGACUCUAGACCUGAGGACCAGCCCCAGUCUGACUCUAGACCUGAGGACCAGUGCCGUCUAGACCUGGACUCUAGACCUGAGGACCAGUCCCAACCUGAGGACCAGCCCAGUCUGAGUCUAGACCUGAGGACCAGUCCCAGUCUGACUCUAGACCUGAGGACCAGUCCCAGUCUGACUCUAGACCUGAGGACCAGCCAGUCUAGACCUGACUCUAGACCUGAGGACCAGUCCCAGUCUGACUCUAGACCUGAGGACCAGUCCCAUCCCAGUCUGACUCUAGACCUGAGGACCAGCCCCAGUCUGAGUCUAGACCUGAGGACCAGUCCCAGUCUGACUCUAGACCUGAGGACCAGUCCCAGUCUGACUCUAGACCUGAGGACCAGUCCCAGUCUGACUCUAGACCUGAGGACCAGUGCCAGUCUAGACCUGGACUCUAGACCUGAGGACCAGUCCCAGUCUGACUCUAGACCUGAGGACCAGUCCCAUCCCAGUCUGACUCUAGACCUGAGGACCAGCCCCAGUCUGAGUCUAGACCUGAGGACCAGUCCCAGUCUGACUCUAGACCUGAGGACCAGUCCCAGUCUGACUCUAGACCUGAGGACCAGUGCCAGUCUAGACCUGGACUCUAGACCUGAGGACCAGUCCCAGUCUGACUCUAGACCUGAGGACCAGCCCAGUCUGACUCUAGACCUGAGGACCAGUCCCAGUCUGACUCUAGACCUGAGGACCAGUCCCAGUCUGACUCUAGACCUGAGGACCAGUCCCAGUCUGACUCUAGACCUGAGGACCAGUCCCAGUCUGACUCUAGACCUGAGGACCAGUCCCAGUCUGACUCUAGACCUGAGGACCAGUCCCAGUCUGACUCUAGACCUGAGGACCAGUCCCAGUCUGACUCUAGACCUGAGGACCAGUCCCAACCUGGACUCUAGACCUGAGGACCAGUCCCAGUCUGACUCUAGACCUGAGGACCAGUCCCAGCAGGACCGUCCCAGUCUGACGCUAGACCUGAGGACCAGUGCCAGUCUAGACCUGGACUCUAGACCUGAGGACCAGUCCCAGUCUGACUCUAGACCUGAGGACCAGUCCCAGUCUGACUCUAGACCUGAGGACCAGUCCCAGUCUGACUCUAGACCUGAGGACCAGUCCCAGUCUGACCUGGACUCUAGACCUGAGGACCAGUCCCAGUCUGACUCUAGACCUGAGGACCAGUCCCAGUCCUGGACUCUAGACCUGAGGACCAGUCCCAGUCUGACUCUAGACCUGAGGACCAGUCCCAGUCUGACUCUAGACCUGAGGACCAGUCCCAGUCUGACUCUAGACCUGAGGACCAGUCCCAGUCUGACUCUAGACCUGAGGACCAGUCCCAGUCUGACUCUAGACCUGAGGACCAGUCCCAGUCUGACUCUAGACCUGAGGACCAGUCCCAGUCUGACUCUAGACCUGAGGACCAGUCCCAGUCUGACUCUAGACCUGAGGACCAGUCCCAGUCUGACUCUAGACCUGAGGACCAGCCCCAGUCUGACUCUAGACCUGAGGACCAGUCCCAGUCUGACUUUAGACCUGAGGACCAGUCCCAGUCUGACUCUAGACCUGAGGACCAGUCCCAGUCUGACUCUAGACCUGAGGACCAGUCCCAGUCUGACUCUAGACCUGAGGACCAGCCCCAGUCUGACUCUAGACCUGAGGACCAGUCCCAGUCUGACUCUAGACCUGAGGACCAGUCCCAGUCUGACUCUAGACCUGAGGACCAGUCCCAGUCUGACUCUAGACCUGAGGACCAGUCCCAGUCUGACUCUAGACCUGAGGACCAGUCCCAGUCUGACUCUAGACCUGAGGACCAGUCCCAGUCUGACUCUAGACCUGAGGACCAGUCCCAGUCUGACUCUAGACCUGAGGACCAGUCCCAGUCUGACUCUAGACAUGAGGACCAGCCCCAGUCUGACUCUAGACCUGAGGACCAGUCCCAGUCUGACUCUAGACAUGAGGACCAGUCCCAGUCUGACUCUAGACCUGAGGACCAGCCCCAGUCUGACUCUAGACCUGAGGACCAGUCCCAGUCUGACUCUAGACCUGAGGACCAGUCCCAGUCUGUCUCUAGACCUGAGGACCAGUCCCAGUCUGAUUCUAGACCUGAGGACCAGUCCCAGUCUGAUUCUAGACCUGAGGACCAGCCCCAGUCUGACUCUAGACCUGAGGACCAGCCCCAGUCUGACUCUAGACCUGAGGACCAGCCCCAGUCUGACUCUAGACCUGAGGACCAGUCCCAGUCUGACUCUAGACCUGAGGACCAGUCCCAGUCUGACUCUAGACCUGAGGACCAGUCCCAUUAAAGGGAUUGUUUUAACCGCACGCCACGUGCGGCCGCCGGUCAAUAGUCCUGCUCCUCUGUGUGCUCUUUCACGAUUAAAGAGGCUUCUACCGCACGCCACGCCCCAACGGUCCGUCGACGAUGGACCCAACCAAGUUGCGCGCAACCCCGACCAAACAACGGGACCGCACCCAACCACAGCCGACCCACAACACAACAUCAGACGCAUCGACCACUUCGACCCCAGACUCGACCCACCUACGAGCCAGACUAUGCACCACACGACAGACCGCUCGCGGAACCCCAGGGACCUCUCCGUCUAUGAGAGACAACCCCCUCCCAGACCCGCCGUAGCACAUCGGGACAUAAAAUACGAAACGCAUGACUACCAGACCCAUAGACCCGGACUAACCGCGGACCACAGCGAACAACGGCCAACAACCCGCCAAUGGGACGAUAGGGACCACCACAACCAUGGAAGGGACCCCCACGCUAGACACAUAAACCGCUUUGACCUCCGGCCCGGCAUGCCUACGAACACCCGGUCAUACCUCCGCGACGUUGACUUCCACGCCGACCGCAUACCACACGCAUCUCAAGCCAGACACAUAAACCGCUUUGACCUCCGGCCCGGCAUGCCUACGAACACCCGGUCAUACCUCCGCGACGUUGACUUCCACGCCGACCGCAUACCACACGCAUCUCAAGACCUGAGGACCAGUCCCAGUCUGACUCUAGACCUGAGGACCAGUCCCAGUCUGACUCUAGACCUGAGGACCAGUCCCAGUCUGACUCUAGACCUGAGGACCAGUCCCAGUCUGACUCUAGACCUGAGGACCAGUCCCAGUCUGACUCUAGACCUGAGGACCAGUCCUAGUCUGACUCUAGACCUGAGGACCAGCCCCAGUCUGACUCUAGACCUGAGGACCAGUCCCAGUCUGACUCUAGACCUGAGGACCAGUCCCAGUCUGACUCUAGACCUGAGGACCAGUCCCAGUCUGACUCUAGACCUGAGGACCAGUCCGAGUCUGACUCUAGACCUGAGGACCAGUCCCAGUCUGACUCUAGACCUGAGGACCAGCCCCAGUCUGACUCUAGACCUGAGGACCAGUCCCAGUCUGUCUCUAGACCUGAGGACCAGUCCCAGUCUGACUCUAGACCUGAGGACCAGUCCCAGUCUGACUCUAGACCUGAGGACCAGUCCCAGUCUGACUCUAGACCUGAGGACCAGUCCCAGUCUGAUUCUAGACCUGAGGACCAGCCCCAGUCUGACUCUAGACCUGAGGACCAGACCCAGUCUGACUCUAGACCUGAGGACCAGUCCCAGUCUGACUCUAGACAUGAGGACCAGUCCCAGUCUGACUCUAGACCUGAGGACCAGCCCCAGUCUGACUCUAGACCUGAGGACCAGCCCAGUCUGA